CCCAGCCAGCCAGCCCCCCGCAAGCGGCAGCCCUGGCCCCGGCGCCCCGCGUCGUCCCAUGGAUAUAGCAACAGGUCCCGAGUCACUGGAGCGCUGCUUCCCCCGUGCCGCGCAGACCGACUGCGCCAAGAUGUUGGACGGCAUCAAGAUGGAGGAGCACGCCCUGCGCCCCGGGCCGGCCACUCUGGGGGUGCUACUGGGCUCCGACUGCCCGCAUCCCGCGGUGUGCGAGGGCUGCCAGCGCCCCAUCUCCGACCGCUUCCUGAUGCGCGUCAACGAGUCGUCCUGGCACGAGGAGUGUUUGCAGUGCGCGGCGUGUCAGCAAGCCCUCACCACCAGCUGCUAUUUCCGGGAUCGGAAACUCUACUGCAAACAAGACUACCAACAGCUCUUCGCUGCCAAGUGCAGCGGCUGCAUGGAGAAGAUCGCCCCCACAGAGUUCGUGAUGCGCGCACUGGAGUGCGUGUACCACCUGGGGUGCUUCUGCUGCUGCGUGUGCGAGCGGCAGCUCCGCAAGGGCGACGAGUUCGUGCUCAAGGAGGGGCAGCUGCUGUGCAAGGGUGACUACGAGAAGGAGAAGGACCUGCUCAGCUCCGUGAGCCCCGACGAGUCCGACUCAGUAAAAAGCGAGGAUGAAGAUGGCGACAUGAAGCCCGCCAAGGGCCAGGGAGGCCAGAGCAAGGGCAGCGGGGACGAUGGGAAGGACCCCCGAAGGCCCAAGCGACCCCGGACCAUCCUCACCACGCAGCAGCGACGAGCUUUCAAGGCCUCCUUUGAAGUGUCCUCCAAGCCUUGCAGGAAGGUCCGAGAGACGUUGGCAGCAGAGACGGGCCUCAGUGUGCGCGUGGUGCAGGUCUGGUUCCAGAACCAAAGAGCAAAGAUGAAGAAGUUGGCACGAAGGCAUCAGCAGCAGCAGGAGCAGCAGAACUCCCAGCGGCUGGGCCAAGAGGUGCUGUCGAGUCGAAUGGAAGGCAUGAUGGCCUCAUACACGCCGCUGGCACCGCCACAGCAACAGAUCGUGGCCAUGGAGCAGAGCCCGUACGGCAGCAGCGACCCCUUCCAGCAGGGCCUCACGCCACCCCAAAUGCCAGGUGACCACAUGAACCCCUAUGGGAGCGACUCCAUCUUCCAUGACAUCGACAGCGACACGUCCCUCACGAGCCUCAGCGACUGCUUCCUGGGGUCAUCUGAUGUGGGCUCCCUGCAGGCCCGCGUGGGGAACCCCAUCGACCGGCUCUACUCCAUGCAGAGUUCCUACUUCGCCUCCUGAGGGCCGGCUAGGCCACACAGACGCUUGGACGGGGGUGUCGCAGGGAGUCGGGUAGGGAGGGGACCCACGGCCUCCAGCUGGUCACCCCCGAACCCCGCCCGCCGCCCGCACGGACUGCAGACAGCCAUAUGGUGCCCUCGGUGGCCGGUGGGCACGUGCCUGACAGGACUAGGCAGGACCUGUGUGCCCCCAUCGGGGCCUGGAAUUCUUCGACCGCCACUGGCCUCCCGCCCCCCUGGGCCUCCAUCACCUCCUCGUCCCACCCGCUCUCUUUUUUGGGAAGUGUAAAUUCUCUCUAUUUUUUUAAAUGUCCUUGUGUCCAGCCCCUCCGUGGCCUGCCCGGGACAAGGACCUUGUGCCCGGAAGUGCUCAUUCCCCUGGGCAAGCCUGUCAUGGCCCUUUCCAGCUCCAGUUCCAGGCCUGGGGGAUCCAGGCAUGGGGGCCCAACUCAGAAGGGACACAGCAGGCCUGCAUGACAUGCAGACUCACAGCCCCCGCCUCCCCAAAGACCCGUCCAGCCCUGUCCUGUCGGGAAGGGACUGGGCCAGGCUGGGGAAGGGGAGGUACAGACACCCCCACUCCGAGUGGAGAGGGACCUCAAAUGCUCCUCUUUGGCUGUCCAUGCCACGGCCACCACUGCCCCUUCUUACCCCCAUCCUGAGGUGGGGCACCCCUUCUCUCAGCAGCACCCUAGAGGCUCCUCUAGUCACUUCACCUGGGCUUGGUUGGUAUUAUUUCCUGCUCUUCCUCUUAAAGAUGCCCCAAUGCUGGGCUCCAGCUUUUCCCCCUGAAGGUGGGAACCCAGCAUAGUCGCAUCUUCCCAGACAUCAUCCACGUAAGCCGGCCCAUCACCUCCUGUUAACUUGAGGCCCUCUGCCUCUGUGAAUGUGGCCCGAGAGCUGGCCAGUGUUUCUGGUCACAGAGCCCCCUAUCCCUAUCCCACCCAAACUAAGCCACGUCCAUCUUCUUUGGGUGUGGGGGGGGACACACCAAAGCAGGGAUGGUACCAGCAGGGUGAGGACUAUUUAUUGCUCAAAUCCAGUGAGGUGCCCAGUCUUUUGUCUGGCUUUGUUUCCUCCCUGUGGUUUCUCUGCAUCUUGAUACUGCAGUUAUUGGUUUGCCCUCACCCCUGGGUAUACCAACAGACCCAGGUGCCCUUGGGGAUGCAGCCUGCCCAUUCUCCAACCUUGUUGGGGGACAGGAGGUGGGGUGGGGUGCUGCCCACUCUGCCUGACCAUAUACAUCUCACAGGUGUACCCAGAUGGAUGCUGGGUCCAUGACCACUACCAUGACCUGGGCCCUGUGCAACCUUGUUGUCCGUGUGGUGGCUCGGCCACCUGAGGCCCCUCGACUACCCCCUCUGGGCCAGCGUGGUCCCUCCAGGCCACCACUGCCCUAUCCAGCCUCUCAUUUCCAAAUAGAUCAUCUCAGAUCUGGGGGCAUCCUUGCUUUGGUGGUUUAUCCCCCCACCCACCCAGUUUCAGGCUUUAGGCCCCCAUCUUGGGUCUCACCAGUUUCCUGAAGGCCUCCACAUGCCAGGCCCUGAUCCCCACCUCCUGAGCUAGCUGGAGGAGGAUCUCUAGUCACAUGCUGAGAAGCUUGGCUAGGAGGGGUAGGGCCAGCCCUGUUGGCCAGAUGCGUGCAGGCUAGAGGACCCAUCUGCCCAGUCCCACAUGCCCACCUAUUCAGUCCCUGCCAGGGGGUGCCACUUGGAGUGCUGAGAGGGAAGCCUCAACCCCUUAGGGCUCAUCUCCAGGAUCACUAGGCCCUGCCAGAGCUGGGGACACCCAUACUCAGUGUCGUGACCCAGGGAGCUUCAGAGAGA